CGUACAUAAAUAAACAGUUUUCAACAAAAUGGAGGCGUCAACAUCAAAUUCAUUAGCCAGUUCGUCAAAAUCGGACUUCUUUUAUGGCUGGGAUUUACUAUACAAGACUGUAGAUGGAAUAAUAAACAAGAAGGCGGAUGUUAUGAUAGUCCUUGCACAUUUUUUACUUACUAAGCACUACAAAUUUCGUUGCAUUGGUAUUGGAGAUGACAAAACGUUGAGCGAGGAUGAGGAGGGAAGUGAACUGUUGCCAGAUUAUUGGAACAGCGAUAACACCAAGUACUCAUUGCGCUAUGUGCACAAUAAUGUGCUCUAUCUCCUGCUGGGACAUAUUACGGAAGAUGCUUUGAUUCUCAAUCUCUUGGACAUUAACACCAAAAAUGUGUCCAACAUAUGCCUUACCCCAGAAUCGUUGGUUGCCGAAGUCAAAGGCAGCAUCACUAAAAUAAUGCCCACAGCAAAUGAUAUUGUUCAACGCUUUCGCAAUGAACUGUGCGAUCCGAUAUUUACUGGCAAUUCGCGGGAAGUAACUACACAGACCCAGGCCGCUCAGCCCCCUGCUCCAACCCCGGCAUUAAACCCGGAUCCCCUGCGUGUUGGUGAACCUAAUCGCCCAGGAUCUUUUAUGCCGCACGGAUUUGAGCCACGACCAUUUGGAUUCCCAGAUAUCGGUCGCGGUGAUCUAGAUCCUUUGGGUCGCGGUUCUGGCAACCUGUUUCCAUUUGGCCAAAAUCCAGGCUUGGCUCGCUUCGAUCCGUUUAGUCCUCUUCCACCACGUGGACCGGGAAGCAUGGGACCGAAUCCAGAUCACAUGCGCCCACCUAAUUGGAACCCAGAUUACUACAUGUAAACACGAAGCCAAAUGUAGAUCUUAAGGCUUAUAAAAUCGAGAGUUAUACGGAAACUAAUUUAUAAAUCCAAAAGAUGAAAAAUAGAGGAUAAAUGCAUUAUUAUUUGAUUGUAACUAAAAUAUAAUUUUAUUGUUGCUCAUA